AAUUGAAUUUUAUUAAAUAAUUUACCUUUUUACGUUACCCGUGUCAGCAAGUUAACAUCACAAAGGGCCUAACAACCUACAUCAAAAUGCAACAUCUGGCAACACCAAUGUCAAUAUGAUCUGUCAAAUAAAUAUCAAAAAAAGAGUGAGGUUAGUUUGACUGAUGCUCCUUGCUUGAAAAAUCCAUUUUAAAAUAGACCAGAAUCCAAAUAAAAACGUAGUACAGGAAACCUUUUGUUUACCGAAAUUGGAUGUUUGAACUGCGUUUUUCAUAAUUUUACACGGCAUAAGGAAAAAUGUCGUAUCAUUACGUCGUCACGGCUCAUAAGCCGACCGCGGUGACCGCUUGUGUUACUGGCAACUUUACCUCUCCGGCCGAUCUAAACUUAAUAGUAGCAAAGAACAGCCGGUUGGAGAUUUAUUUGGUCACCCCGGAGGGCCUGAGGCCCAUCAAGGAAGUCGGUUUGUAUGGCAAAGUGGCUGUUAUGAAGUUGUUUCGGCCUCAACAUGAAAAGAAAGAUUUACUGUUUAUAUUAACAUACAGAUACAAUGCCAUGAUUCUUGAGUGUGUUAAAGAUGGCACAGAUAGCUUAGACAUAAUUACGAAAGCAUUUGGUGAUGUCUCUGAUAGAAUUGGAAAACCUUCUGAAACAGGUAUUUUGGCAGUAAUUGAUCCUAAGGCUAGAGUUAUCGGGUUGAGGCUCUACGAUGGUCUAUUUAAAAUCAUACCUUUAGAUAAGGAUAAUCAUGAGUUAAAAGCAAUAAACUUCAGAAUGGAAGAAUUGAAUGUAGCAGAUGUAGAGUUUUUACACGGUUGUGCUAAUCCAACAUUGAUUUUAAUCCAUCAAGAUGUUAAUGGUCGUCAUGUGAAAACUCACGAAAUUUCCCUGAGGGAGAAGGAGUUUGUUAAAAUCCCUUGGAGGCAAGACAAUGUUGAAACAGAGGCCUCGAUAAUUAUUCCUGUGCCAUCCCCCAUUGGGGGAGCCCUAAUAAUUGGUCAGGAGAGCAUUUUGUACCAUGAUGGGAUUACUUCUGUUGCAGUGGCCCCGGCUGUUAUUAAGCAAAGCACCAUUAAUUGCUAUGCAAGAGUGGAUCCUAAGGGACUUAGGUACUUAUUGGGUGACAUGGCCGGUCAUUUAUUUAUGUUAUUUUUGGAAGUAACCAGUCGGGGGGAUGGGCAAGAUGUAGUCGGUGACUUGAAGGUUGAAAUGUUGGGUGAAAUUGCUAUCCCGGAAUGCAUCACUUACCUAGACAAUGGGGUGUUAUUCAUAGGGUCCCGCCUAGGGGACUCUCAGUUGGUAAAAUUAAAUGUUCGACCCGAUGAGAACAACUCUUAUGUGACGGUAAUGGAGACGUUCAUCAAUUUGGCCCCGAUUCUGGACAUGUGCGUGGUAGAUCUGGAGAGACAGAGCCAGGGGCAACUGGUCACAUGCUCAGGUGCUUUUAAAGAGGGCUCCUUAAGGAUCAUCAGGAACGGCAUUGGGAUUCAGGAGCACGCCUCGAUCGAUUUGAUGGGGAUUAAGGGGAUGUGGGCGUUGCAGGCCAAUGGUGGUACUUUAGAUGACACUUUGGUGCUGGCCUUCGUAGGCCAAACGCGUAUUUUAAGCUUAAACGGUGAGGAAGUGGAAGAAACUGAAAUCGGUGGGUUUACUUGCGAUCAGCAGACAUUCUUUUGUGGCAAUGUAGUACACGAGCAACUACUACAAAUUACACCGGUUUCGGCUCGGUUAGUCUCGAUCCAAUCGAAAAAUAUGGUGUCGGAAUGGAAACCGCCUACCGAUAAAAACAUCGUGGUCGUUUCCAGUAAUUCGUCCCAGCUGGUGGUUUCCACCGGGAAUCAAUUGUAUUAUCUGGAAAUACAUCCCAAUCAGCUCAUCUUGAAAUCGGAAACAACUUUGGACGUGGAAGUGUCUUGUUUGGACAUCAGCCCUUUAGGCGACAUGAAUUCCGCCACUGCCGACUUGGUGGCGGUCGGUUUAUGGACGGAUAUUUCCGCCCGAGUGUUGAAAUUACCGAACCUCACUGAGGCACACAAAGAACUAUUGGGAGGAGAUAUAAUGCCUCGCUCGAUCCUAAUGACAACAUUUGAGAACCACGACUAUUUGUUGUGCGCCUUAGGGGACGGUUCCAUGUACUAUUUCACCCUGGAUAAGGAGUCGGGGACGUUAAAAGAGAAAAAACGGGUCACUUUGGGUACCCAACCGACCAUUUUACGCACGUUUCGCUCUUUAAAUUCGACGAACGUUUUUGCAUGUUCGGAUAGACCGACGGUCAUUUAUUCAUCCAAUCACAAACUGGUUUUUUCCAACGUGAAUUUAAGGGAGGUGAAGCAGAUGUGCUCCCUGAACGCCGAAGCUUAUCCGGACAGUUUGGCACUGGCGACGGCGACCUCGGUGACGAUAGGAACAAUAGAUGAAAUUCAAAAGCUGCACAUAAGAACGAUUCCCUUACAAGAGUCCCCGAUGAGGAUCGCUUACCAAGAGAGCACACAAUGUUUCGGUGUGUUAACUUCAAGAAUAGACAUCCAGGACUCUUUCGGUUUAAAUCCGGUGAGACCGAGCGCCUCUACGAUGACCCAAGCCAUCACAGUGUCCAGUAGUGUGGCCGGAUUAGCCGUGGGCAAGUCUGGAUCUACUAGUAACAUAGUCACGAGCAGCAGCGCUGAGUACGGGCAAGAAGUGGAAAUUCAUAAUCUACUAAUAAUCGAUCAGAACACUUUUGAGGUGCUGGCGGCUCAUCAGUUUAUGCAGAACGAGUACGCCCUAUCGCUCAUAUCGUGCCGGUUGAGUAACGAUACUAAUACGUAUUUUGUCGUAGGUACGUCGACAGUAAACCCAGAAGAAUCCGAACCGAAACAGGGCCGUAUCUUGGUGUUCCAAUGGAACGAGAACAAACUGGUCCAAAUAUUGGAAAAAGAAAUUAAAGGCGCUUGUUACUCUUUAUCAGAAUUCAAUGGGAAAUUGUUGGCGAGCAUAAAUAGCACCGUGCGACUGUUCGAGUGGACCGCAGAAAAGGAAUUACGAUUGGAGUGUUCGCAUUUCAAUAAUAUCGUUUCCUUAUACUUAAAAACCAAAGGGGAGUUCAUACUGGUCGGGGAUUUGAUGCGGAGCAUCACGUUGUUACAGUAUAAAACUAUGGAGGGCAGUUUCGAAGAAAUCGCGCGGGAUUAUAACCCGAACUGGAUGACCGCGAUCGAAUUCCUCGACGACGACGUCUAUUUGGGCGCCGAAAACUCGUUCAAUAUGUUCGUGUGCCAAAAAGACAGCGCGGCGACGACCGACGACGAGCGCUCCUCGAUGAAUCAAGUGGGCCACUUCCACGUGGGCGAUAUGGUCAACGUGUUCCGGCACGGAUCCCUGGUGAUGCAGAACAUCGGCGAAACGUCGACGCCCACCAGGGGAUGCGUCUUAUUUGGGACGGUUAGCGGGGCUAUCGGUCUGGUAACACAAAUCUCCCAAGAGUUCUACGAACAAUUGUCGGAACUACAAACGAAACUUUCGACAACGAUCCGAUCGGUGGGUCAAAUAACGCAUCAGUCGUGGCGGGCGUUUCACACCGACAUCAAGACUGAACACAGCGAGGGAUUCAUCGACGGCGACUUGAUCGAGAGUUUCCUGGACCUCAGCCCCGAUAAAAUGAAGGAAGUCGCUGACGGAAUCGGGGUUACAGUGGAACACUUAAUAAAAACCGUCGAAGACCUGACGAGGAUCCACUGAGGCGUUCUCUUGCAUCGUGUGUGUCUGUACCAUAAUAAUAAUAAUAUUAGUAAUAUGCCCCCCUGUAAAUACGUUUUGUUAGUUAUUAUAAACAUUCGUAAAAAAGAAA